CGGCGGGAGCACGUUGGGGAGACACACGCCGGUUCGCUCCCGCUCCCGCCGCCAUGGAGGAGCCGCCGCCCGAGCAGCCCCCGCCGGCCCCCGCACCCCCGCCGGGCGGGGAGCAGGACGCGAAUGUUGCUGGGCCCGAGUGGAACAUCCCGCCCAACGCGCCCGCCUGCAUGGAGCGGCACCUGGAGGGCGCGCACUAUCGUGCAGACGGGGCCCUGCUGCUGGGCGCCUCGGGGCUGAACGGGCGCAGCUGGACCGGUUCGCUUUGGGUGUUCGCCGACCCCCGCCGUGCCCCCAGCGAGGGAUUCUGCACCGCCGGCGUGCAGACCGAGGCGGGGGUCGCCGACCUGCGCUGGGUGGCGGACAGGGGCAUCCUGGUGGCCUCCGACUCCGGUGCUGUGGAGCUGUGGGAGCUGGAGGAGAACGAGACCCUCAUCGUCAACAAGUUCUGUAAAUACGAGCACGAUGACAUCGUGAUGGCGGUGGCCGUCCUGGCGGGCAGCACCCAGGCUGUCAGUGGUGGCAGGGACUUCUGCGUGAAGGUCUGGGACCUGCCGCAGCAGACGGUGCUGCACUCCUACAGAGCUCACUCCGAUGUGGUGACGUCUGUGGCUUCCUGUCCUGGUAAGGACACCGUGUUCCUGUCCUGUGCUGAGGACAGUAGAACUUUACUCUGGGACACCAGAUGCCCAAAACCAGCUACUCGAAUUGUUUGCAGUGCCUGUAAUUACCUCCCUACCUCAGUCAUGUGGCAUCCACAGAAAAGUGACAUCUUUGCUUUGGGUGAUGAAAGUGGAACAGUUGCACUAGUAGACACAAAGAACCCUGAAUCUGCCCUCAGCUCCACUGUGCAUGACCGAAGGAUCACGGGGUUUGCGUUUUCUGCACAUAGCUCACCCUUUCUGGCCACGAUCAGUGAAGACUGUUCAGUAGCCGUUCUUGACUCAGACCUCUCAGAGGUUUUCAGAAACCGUUCUCAUCGAGACUUUGUCCAAGGUUUGUCGUGGUCUCCUUCGGACGAUGCUUUGCUCACUACGGUGGGAUGGGAUCACCAGGUGUUACAUCACACUAUCCCCAUACCAACUGGUGAAGCUUCUGGAGUCAACUGUGUAAACGAGUAGUUUUAUAAACUCACGGUCCAAAUUCCUUCUUGGCAUUACUUUUUCUGCUGAAGUCAGAGGUGUGUGUGAACUGGAGCGGGUAUGGUUUGUUGUCUGCCUUGAAACUUGUGACCAAGACGGUUCCUGUAGUAAUUUUGAGUUAGGCAUAAAUUAGUUACAAACCAAGCUUUACCCUCUCCUCAGGAGUUGGCUUCAUCUGUGAUAAGACUUCAGUAUUUUACCCAGAAAAAAAUUGACUUCAGGCAUAGGGGAGACAUGGAGAGAUAGGGAAUUAUGUAUAAUUAAAAAAAAAAAAGAAAGAAAAAAUACUCCAUUUCCUCCCUCAGUUCUCAAAACCAUCCAUAGAAUUAAUGGAAUUGAUGGAAACAUUUCUAGGGGGAGGUUAAAAACACCCACCUCUUGCUAGUUGGAUGUGAGAACCUCACCCUUGAGGAAAGUUCUUCACUGUGUAGAUCAGUUCUUCCAACUGAAUGGGAAGAUAUGUUGGCACAUAAAGACCAGAAGGGUUGGUCUUCAGUAUCUCCUAGUGCGGAUCCUGUGGUGAGCGCUGCUUAUGCGCUUCUGCUCCAUCCGUGGGUAUCAGAUCCCAGUGCUUGGUGUGAGGAGCCUUGUGUGCUGUACGAUAAGGAUCCCAGUGUAGCCCUGUAAUUAAACACCUCCGUGAUUCCACCCAACACAUCCUGAAAUACCGGUAUCCGUGGUGCUCAAUGUCGGCUGAGCUGAGCUCAGCUCCGAGGAGCUGUCGCUGUAACAUGCUAAAAGCCGAGAGAAAUUAGCAGUUGCUGGGACGUUUGACACCAUGUUUCAUAUCCUCUGUGCUGAAGACAGCUUACUCAAAGACAAGACCUGUGAACAAAAGUUUAUAUAAGGGAAAAACUGGACUAAGGACUUCAGUUUGCAUUUGCUUGCUUCUAUAAAGAGUCUGCUUAGUGAUAAACGAGACUCAUUAUGCACUUGUGAUGAGUGACUUUCUGUGCUGGAGCCUGAGGGGACCAGGCAUUCCUGUCAUCCUCAAAACAGACUCCCCAGGAUACUUAGAGGUGGUUUUUUUUGUAAUAUGCCACAUACUUUUCAAACUAAACUGUUUCCCUUUAACAUAUUUAACUGAAAAAAAAACCCAAAUCAUUGCUCUGCAUGCAUUGCCACUGCUCUAGACGUGGCCUGCUCCGUCCUGGUAUUUCCUAGACAGAAUAAAGCAAGUCCUGACUAAUGAAACAGAAAAAUGCCGUUGACAUGAAUGCUACUCCUGGUUCUUUAGCUUGAUAGCAACACUAAAACUUACACCACUUCCAGUGGGCUUAAUCCUGCAUAAACAGGUUUUUAGUUGAUGCAAAUUAUGUAAAGCCCACAAUUAAUUUUUAGGCAGAUGAAGCUUUCCCAGGCUCUGUACUUUUCUCAUACUCUUUUUAAACCUUGUUUGCUGCUUUUUUAAGUUUCCAUGUCGUACAGGUGUUUACAGAGCAAGCUUUCCUGAUGUAGAACCGCGUAUGACAAGGAAAAGGUAAAUGAUGAUACAAACUGACAAAUUUCUCCAAAAGUACCCCUUGAACAACCAAAAGUUCCCUGUUACGGGCCUCUGAUGGUGUAUGGAAACUGAAACAGGUGUUGUGCUGUUUGUAAAAAAAAAAAAGAGUUGUCUUGGCAAAAGUGGAAGACAGUUUUUAAAUAAAUCAUAGUUAUCAUUUGUAACUGA